UUUUCCACCUCAGACCUUCAACUUAUUCAGAGUACGCUCACCUCCCUCCCUCCUGAAGCCACAGCCAAAAUGGGCAAAGUCCUCCUGAAGACGGCACUGGUUUUAACACUGCUCGGCAUCACUUUUGGUGCGCUUCAAAGGGGCGUAGCAGAUACCCAUCCAGAUCAUCCAGGAAAAUGCUGGGAUAAAGACAGCAACAGGGCGUACGCCGAAGAUGAAUCUUGGCCGGCCAGUGACAAGUGUGCAGAGUUGACAUGCUUCGCACAAGGCGGAGAUUUGUAUUACGAGGUGCACACCUGCGGAGUUGCUGUACCGGGGACAGGUUGUCACUUAACGCCAGGUGCCGGAACGUACCCUAAUUGCUGCCCUAAAAUUGCUUGCAAUUGAAUCCACCCGAAUCUUCACGGUCAAAUAAUUGAAUGACUCCUUACAUGCUGGUGUCACUGGAAAGUUGUGCACUGCUCAACGACAUGUACCAGUAUUCAUUAGAUAAGGUCGUUCAGUUAUUCAUGUUAAUGUCUUGAAAAUUAAGAUCAUGAAAAGUACAA